UAAUAAAUGCAUUUGUAAUAACAAAGCAUUUAGUUAUGAUUAUGAACUAUUUUUGUUUUAGGUUCGAACACCAAUUGGUACAUUGAUUGAAAUAUUUUUGUUUGGUCACGUUAUGAACAUUGACGUGUACAUGUCCCCGAAAGAUUUUGAAAAUGUGGCCGGACUUUGUGGAAAUUUUGACGGGGAUAGAUCUAAUGAUCUAGAACAUAGGAAUGGAACUAUUUCUUAUGAUGACAACAAAAGUUACAGGUUUGCUGAUAGUUGGAGAUUAACGGACGAAGAAAAUCUAUUUAAGAACCCAAACCGUAAACUUGAUCAUUGGAAUGGGAAUAAUGUUGGCAAGACAUGUUCAAGACCAAAUUCAAUAACAAAAAAGAAAUGCAAGCUAAGGAAUAGGCAAAGGCAAAUACGUUCCAUUUCUGUACCCCCUGAGACGAAGAUGUAUAAACAAUAUAGUAAUCUAUUGUCGCGAAAAAGGAGAAACACAAUCAGUUUAACUGAGGACGAGGCAUUUCAAUUGUGUAACCAUUCAAUAUAUACAACACCAGCAGUCCAAGAAAUUUCCAGAUUCAUCUUCGCUUGGGGAAGAAUCCGAGAUAUUGUUCGCUAG